AUGGAACGCCCUAGCAGUGAGACCUUAGAGUCUCGAGCCGCGAGACCUAGCAUAGCCAAAAGGAUCUCUGCCACAGCCAUGGGCGGCUUGCACCUUCUCACUAGCGACACUGAACUCUCUCAAGACCGAGACCACGACGAGUACAUUUCGCCAACGAGGACGUCCGUCAGAGGCCGCUCGAGAUCUCUCAGCAGGAGUCUCAGCGUUGCCAGCUCGCGCAGCAGCAACUCGUCCAUCUUCUUCGGCCGGCCGAACUCAUUGCCUUCCAUCACGGAGAGCGAGAAUGAUCCCCACGGCACUGAGUUCCGUGACCCGUUUGCGGAUCAAAACUCAAUAGAAGGGCAUUCUGCUCCGCGUGAAGCUCAGAACCCGUUUGACGACAACAGCAGUGGCGAUGAAGGAACAGCCGUCCAGGAGCUGGAGCCAGAACCGCCUUACCACGUCUUCACAAAGAAGCAGAAAUGGGUUGUCAUCGUCAUCAUCGGAGCCGCCGGAUUGUUCUCUGGUCUUUCUUCCAACAUCUAUUUCCCAGCUCUCGAUACGAUCGCACGGGACCUCAAUGUUAGCUCGCAGAUGGUUUCCCUGACCAUCACGUCGUACUUGAUCAUCCAAGGCAUCUCCCCGCUAAUUUGGGGCUCGAUCUCGGAUGCUCUGGGCAGAAGGCCAAUCUACAUCGCCUCGUUCGCCGUGUACAUCAUUGCCAACAUCGGACUCAGCUUCUCUCCCAAUUUCACAGUUCUUCUGCUCUUCAGGGGCUUGCAAGCCGCCGGAAGUGCCUCAACCGUGAGCAUUGGAAACGGCGUGAUCCAGGAUAUUUCUCCCCCGGCUGAACGGGGAGCAUUUAUUAGUUUCUACCAGGCGAUCCGAAACUUCAGCAUAGCAGUCGGGCCUGUGCUCGGCGGCCUGCUCGCCAACUUCCUCGGGUUCCGGUCCAUCUUUGUCUUUCUCCUGAUUCUUUCUUCUAUAGUCACCUUGGUGAUUGUGUUUUGGCUGCCUGAAACCAUGCGGAGCAUUGCCGGGAACGGCUCGCUUCGUUUGGGGGGCAUUUACAAGCCGAUCAUAUGGUACCUUGGCAAGGAGCCAGAGUACCUCGAAGACCCGGAUGAACCCAUUCCGCGGAAGAAGGUGACAUUGAUGACCUUUGUGGAACCGUUGCGGCUGUUGAUCCAGAAGGACAUUUUGAUCAACUUGGUGUUUGGUGGCGUGGUCUAUACCAUAUGGACUAUGGUCACGUCGAGCACCACCAUCCUGUUUAAGGAGCUGUUCGGACUUAGUGACUUACAAACGGGUCUCGCAUUCCUACCUAAUGGACUUGGAACCAUUGUUGGAUCCGCAAUCGUGGGCAAGCUAAUGACAAAGGACUAUCUCGAGAUGGAAGAAGAAUACAAGACAUCUCAUAACAUAGCAGGAACAGAAAAGCUCUCGGGGAAGAACAUGCCCGCUGAGUUCCCCAUAGAGCGCGCCCGCCUUCGUCGUCUCCCCUGGAUCGUCCUCAUCUUCGUCGCUUCCACUGGCGGCUACGGCCUCUCCCUCAACUUCCCCUCCAUCACAUCCCGAUCAGGCUGGAUCGCAGUCCCACUCGUCCUCCAGUUCUUCAUCGCUGCGACCAGCAACGCCGUCUUUGCCCUCAACCAGACCCUCGUCACCGACUUGUGUCCCGGAAAGGGUGCUAGUGCCACCGCGAUAAACAACUUGGUCAGGUGCGGUCUCGGAGCUAUUGGCGUGGCGCUGGUAGACAACUUUGUUGCUACUACGGGGCCUGGCGCCGCGUUCUUGGGCUUGGCCCUCGUCACGGUUGCCGUUGGGCCGUUGGCGGUGAUACACUGGUACUGGGGACAGACUUGGAGAGCGGCGAGGAUGAGGGAGAAGACGUCGAACAACGAAAAGGCAUGAGGCCACAAGGUCUCUGCGUUGCAUUAGUCGUCACACCUUGUGGCUUGGUGAGGCCGCGUAUGUGACGCCUACCGGUCGAUGCAUUAUCAUAAGUCUGUAGCGUUGAGCGUGCAUGAUUUGGUGAUUCUGCGAAAGGAAGUUGAACAUCAUAUUUUGGGCAAAACAAAGAGCAGGAUAGAACUACAUAGAUUUACAUUCAGUAGCAGUGUUAGAGGCGG